AUGACGAUUUCAGAUCCGCGACGAUGUACGACUCUUCUGAUUUUUGCGCUGGAAAUUUUGGAUUUCGUUGACUCGUUGGCGUGUUAUUCAUGUAUUGCACUGAAUUACAGACAAAACGUACUUUCUCGAAACGACGCUCUGUUUCCUCCACAAAGUCGCGAGAAUCUGACGGCGUUGUUUGAUGUCUUGACGGAGAAUAAAAUCGGACACGUGGAAGUGUCUUCUAGUUGUGCAGACGUCACUCUAACAACUCAACCGUCGUUUCUGAACUCGCCUAUUGCAAUAUGUGAUCCAAAUGAUAAAUGUGUCAAGAUGGACUUUUAUUAUUCAGGGCGUCGAACCGCAUUCGUCUACAAAUGUGAACUUGGAUUCAGCCUUCUGAUUCUGAUCUGUGCCUUCGCCGAACUGAUCGUUUACGAUUGCUACGUCAUUUUCCUUCUUCUGCUCAUCGCCUCCUUUGUUUUUAUUCUUCUUUUCCUCGAAUUCUACUUUGGAAGUGUCUACAAUUGUGCAGCUCUUCUUCAUCUUCACACUCUCAGUGCUGGUUUUAUGUCAUUCGUCUGUUGGCUCAGUGUGCUCGUCCCAAUCUUCUUCGGAGAAUCCAUUUAUAUUGCCAGUCGCUCUGUUGUUCAUGUCAUCUACAAAUACUACGGUUGUCUGGUCAUUUUUGGAUCCCUACUAGUAACAUUUGCAGUCGCAUCAUUCACAAGACGUAAAGAGAUCAAAUCCGUCGAACUGUCACAUGUGGAUUAUCUGAAACGAUUGAUGAAAACUACAAGUGGAGUGGCAGCCGAUGUUCAGAGAGAAGCGAGAGAUUUCCAUCUGAAACCUAGAGAUAUCCAUUCUUUUUCUUGA